AUGCGGACUUUUAAUUCUUUUCUCCUCAUUCUGAUAUUAGCCGAGACAGUUGGCAAGUUUCUAUUUUGUAUAUUCGAGAGAUUGUAUACAUUCAGGAAGUGCGACGCAGCGGAGCAAUGACAUUCGACUGGUCAAAAAGAGAAUUCAUGACGGGCUCAAGUUCUCGAGGGUACGACUCUAGAUGAAGUGCGAAAUGUAAAAAGUUCUACUUCCAGGUCAUCAAAUACACCAACGAAACUAUAUGGGGAAUGAAGGCGAGCUACAAUUCGAACAAGACUCAAGAGCUCUCCCUGGAUGUGCUUGUAGUGGCAGACUUUUUGACGUACUCAGGUAAAACACAUUGCCACGUCAUAACCAAUACCUCUUCUCUCUCAUUUCUAGCGUUCCUCGAGAUGAAGAACGGAAAUGCAUUGCGUGCUGUGCAUGAUUUGAAAGAGUACCUGCAGGCAGUUUUCGAGCAGAUGAAACUGAUCUACGACGGGAUAAAGUUCGGUAACGAGACACUUCACAUGGUGUUCGCAGGCACUUGGAUUGCCACUCAGUGAGUACGCGCCAGAAAUAGAACGAAUAGUGACAAAAGCGGAGCGAUUUCAGAGAAAAGGAUUGUCCGUUAUGGCUCAGCUGGGCUGAAGACGAAGAAGAAAGGGUGAUUAAUGAGGAGAUUCGUCGGCUGGAAGAGGAAGAGAAACGGUGGAACGCGAGUGUCGUCGACGACGGAUUCGUGAUGAACUCGACAGAUUUUGACGGCAACAACUCAACAGACGAGUUGGUCUCGUCUUCGGAGAACAAAAAGAAGCUGCGCAAGUUUGUGGACGUCACUUUGGAGGAUAUGCAGGAAAACAAUAGUACAGAGUGAGUCAUGGGGGAAUGCUCCACUUCCGAAUGUCUGACUCCUUCUCAGAAUGGCGCUGAAGAUCGACUCGAAGAAAGCAGUGGACAAGUUCACGGUUUGGUUGAAAGAACAAAAAGGACUGCCGAGACACGAGCACGCGACACUCAUCACGAAGUGAGAAAAGCGACUGACUGGGAGCAAUGCGGGUGUUCAGGUUCGAUCUGAUCAGUAUCAACGGGCACUCGGCCACUCAGGGCAUGGCUUACGUCGGCAAUAUCUGCGAGAAUGGCGACUCCAGCUCGGUCGUCGAGGAUAUCGGAGCGGGACUAACCGCAUUAAUCAUGGCACACGAGAUUGGCCACUCGUGAAUUAAUACUCUUCUCGCUUCGCAAAGCAUCCUUCCAUUUCAGACUCGGAGCUCUCCACGACGGCUCUUACGAAGCCGCAGAAUGUGAUUCGAACGACAACUUUUUAAUGGCGGUUGCCGUGUCCGGAAGCUCUGAUAGACAGAGUUUCCUGAACAGCCGAAGGAUGAGCAAUUGCAGCGUCGGUUCGAUUGUGGAGAAUCUGAAAGAGCCCUCGGCUAGUUGUGUGAAGAAAUGGAAGAAAACGAAAGGAGGAAACGAAAUGGGGCAGAAGGAUUUCAUGAAAAUGCCAGGGGAGACUGUAAGCUUAACGAGGCAAUGUCAGGUCGCUUUCGGACCGACAUUCAUACCUUGCUUAGUAAGUUUUCAACUGUUCAAUGCCCUUCAAGAAUCUAUUACUUUCAGCAAAUCGGAUACUUCCACGGACAAUCCAUUUGCGAGCGAAUCUGGUGCAGUGACGGAGACAGUGACGAAUGUCAGACACUCAAUUACUUCCCGGCUUUCGAUGGAACCGAAUGCGGAUAUAACAUGGUUAGCCGAUUCCCGAAAUGUCCCCGAAACGUGAAUAUUUCAGUGGUGCAUCGAAGGGCAGUGUGUUCAAAAUGCGAAAAAGUGGAUGGAUUGCAAAGACUUGAAUGCGAAAACGUGUUCCCGAUAUUCGACUUCCAAACUAAAACACUACUGCAAAUCGAAGGAUUUCCGAGAAAUUUGCUGUAGGACGUGUGCGCAGAAAGGAAAAAUUUAUUGA